AUGGACCCAGAACAAGAAGUGGAGCCCGUUACUGAAGGACCUUCUGCUUCUGAGACUGCUGAGCAGCGUGCAGAGGAAAACUUUCUUCAAGACGACGAUGACAAGGAGCUUCCUGAUACUGUUGGUGAAGAGAACAUAGAGGACGACCAGAUGCCUGAAAACGAUGUAUCUGGAGCUGACGAGCUUAGACCCGAGCCUGAGUUCGAUCCAGAGCUUCCUAGAGAAGACGAACAACAGCAGGAGUACGACGAUGAAGAUAUAUACAGCAUGAGGAGCCAUAAGAAUGCUCUGGGUGAACAGACAAAGAAAAAGAAUAUCAGAAAAACCGCCCGUGACGACCUGGCCACGCCUGCUCCUGCUGAAGCUCAAUUCCCUGCUACUUAUAACGAUGACUACGGUCAAGACGAUGGCAUUGAUUACCUGAAUGAGGAUCCAGCUGCCAGAAGACGUCGUUUGUUGGAGGAGAAGAUGGACUUGGCGGUUAAGAACAAGACCGUAAGACGUAAGAAGGCUGACGAAGAUGACUUGGAACGUAUGCAAGAUGACAAGAUUGAUUUCCUUAAGAAUAAGAUGAUCGAGGCUGCUAACCUAGACGUGGAGAAGAACUCCAACGGCCAGAUCGCUACCGAGAAGCUUAAGCUUCUAAAGGAAGUCAUGGAGACUAUGUCCAAGGCCGACUUGGCUAUUUCUAUUUUGGAUAAUAACCUUCUUGAAGCUGUCCGCUUGUGGCUCGAGCCUUUGCCGGAUGCAUCUAUGCCAGCAUACCAGAUCCAGAAAGAGUUGAUCCACUCCUUGACGACAUUGCCUAUUAAAACCGACCAUUUGGUCGCUUCAGGUAUUGGCAAAGUGUUGGUGUUCUACCAGAGAAGUAAGCGUACCGAGCCUACGUUAAAGAAGAUCGUCGACAGGUUGAUCGGAGACUGGACCAGACCUAUUCUCAACAAAUCGGACUCGUACAAGGACAGAACGAUCCGUUUCCACGACUACAACAAGCUGCGUUUCUCCAACCAGUUGCAGCUGAAGAAGAAGGCCAAGCAGCUAGAGCCCAAGUCGCUUUACGAGCAGCAAGCUGAGCGUAGAAACAGAGCUGCUAUUCCAAGCGCCAGAACCACAGCCUACAAGAUCGCUCCGCGGGUUGAUCCCAGCUUGUUGAUGAGACAAGGCAAAGGUGGCCACGACGAGCGGUUUACAAGAAUCAACCGUAAGAUGACCAACUCCAGGAAGAAGGUGGUCAAGAAGAGUGGACCAUCCAUCGAAGGUAAGAACCUCUCCAUGUAA